AUGGAGGAGGUUCUCGUGGACAAGAGGCCGUACGGAGAGUCGACCGUCACCCAGGUGGUGGGCACGACUCAACUGUUCGAAGGAGGUCAGAUGCGUCGGGUGCCCAUGCCCACGCCCGACCCCAAAGAUCCUCUCAACCUGCCCAUGUGGCGCAAGUGGGCCGCCAUCAUCACUCUCGCGCUGUUUGGAGCCCUCGCCCUCUCGGCAGAGGCCAUCAUCGGCGCCCUGGUCCCCAUCUUCGUCCUCGAGUACGCCGGAAUCGACCCCAAGAUCCUCGGCUCCAUCGACCUCAGCGCACUCAACUUCAGCACUCCAGGAGGCAAGCCUGAAGAUCCUAUCCAGCUGCUGUCGAGCCUGGGUGGUCCGCCAAUCUCCAAGGUUGACCUGCUCUCCACGCUCCCUAUCCUCGUCAACGGCGUCGCAUCCUACAUCUUGGUACCACUGUCCAUUGCAUGGGGUCGGCGUCCCAUCCUCCUCCUCGCCGGCGUGUUGGCAUGGUCUGGAGGUCUCUGGGCAGGAUUCAGCCAGAGCCUCAACAGCCACAUCGCGGCAAGAGUCUUCCAGGGGUUUGGUGCUGGUGCGGUGGAGGCUCUCAUUCCUCUUAUCCUGCAGGAUAUGCUGUUCAUUAAUGAGAGAAACAAGGCCUUCUCUCUCAUCAGUGCUGGCCAGGGCCUGUUCAUCGUCUCCAUCGGCCUGACCAGUCCCCUGAUCAUCGUCAAGCUCAGCUGGCGCUGGAUCUACUAUAUCACCGCGGGAACUGGAAUCCUCGUCUGGAUCGGUAUGAUCUUCCUCGUCCCUGAGACGAGAUGGAUUCGGUCCCGGGAAGAACUUGCCGGCAAGGAAGUGUACCCGAUCCGCCCAGGUGAGAACCGUCCACGACUCGACUACGCAAAGUACGGCUACCGCUCCAACAAGGACGACUUUGGUGUCUUUGUCGUCAAGACAGAGUGGAAGCUCUGCAGAAAGUCCGUCAUGGAGACCAUCAAGGCGACCUUCUUCCCCAACGUGCUCUGGGUCAUCGCCCUGAACUCUAUCUUUGUUGGCUCGCUCUCGGCUACCACGCAGAAUGCCGCCGCCAUCAUCCUCGGCCUGAAGCUCAGCUUCAACCAGCUGGGCUUCGUUGUGCUGCCCAUCGUCGCCGCGACCCCCUUCGUGUGGCUCUUUGGCGGUUACUUGGCCGACAAGAUCUCAAACUACCGUGCAAAGAGAAACAACGGGCAGAGAGAACCCGAGUCACACUUGAUCAGUCUUGCAUUCCCCCUGAUCGCCGGCAUCGUUGGGCCGCUCUUGUUCGGGUAUGCAGGCGACCAUACAGAAGAGAGGCCCCUGGUUUACCUCCUCGUCGGGUUCUUCCUCAUCGGCUUCGGAGGGUUGACGAUGAAUACGCUCGUGAGCGUGUAUCUGGUCGAAAGUUAUCCUAAUUAUGCUGGGCCUGUCCUCGUAACCAUGUCGUCAUUCCGUCUCAUUGCCGGCUUCCUAAUCAGCUUCAAGUCAGCCGACUGGAUCCUGAGCCUUGGCUUCCUGAAGACAUUUGGAAUCUACAGCGGCAUCAUGGCCCUGUUCAGUCUCAUGCUCCCAGUGGUCUACAUGUAUGGCAAGCGCAUGCGCCUGUGGAGUGCGGGUCAGUUGGAGACCUCGUCUGAGGACUCUGAUGAUGCCAGGAGCAUGAAGAGCCUCGAGCUGGACAACAAGGCCUGGUCCUCAGAAGAUGCAUGA